GUUCCUGAUCCUCGCCUUCCCUUCCUUGGUGUGCACUUUACUCCAAGAAUGAAUGGAGAUGUUUGGAUGGGUCCAAACGCUGUACUUGCUUUUAAACGAGAAGGAUAUGGCUAUUUUUCAAUUUCACCUUCGGAAUUGUACGAAGCGCUGAUGUACAAUACUGGAAGAAAGGAAAAUAGGGGUUUGGAGAGGGAUGAAAGAAUUUGCAUGCGAAAGCUGAUGAGAAAGCAUUUCGUUUUUGGUGCGAAAGAAAUGUAUCGUGGGAUAUUUAUUGGCGCUCAAGUCAAGCAGUUACAACGUUUCAUACCUGAUUUGCGACGAAGUGAUGCGGCAAGGGGUCCUACCGGUGUUCGAGCUCAGGCAAUGGAUGAGGACGGCAAUUUAGUCGAUGAUUUUGUUUUUGAUAGCGGCACUGGACCGUUGUCAAAACGAGUGCUGCACGUCCGCAAUGCACCAUCACCCGGUGCCACAUCAAGCUUGGCCAUUGCUAAAAUGAUAGCUAAGGAAGUUCAAACUCGAUUUUCUCUGUAA